AAGGGCGGCAGACGAAAAGCGGAAUGGACUGUAGAAGCAAUUCUCGCGAGAAGAGGAGUUGCUGUCGCCUCCUGAGAGGGGCGGAUGCCUUAGAGGUGCACCACGUGGGAAUUGGCGCUGGAGCUGACUCUCGGGCCGGGGUCCAGUCUGGAUCUAGGUUGGAGUCGGAACAGCGGAGAUGCGGAAGGAAACUCCACCUCCCUUAGUGCCCCCGGCGGCCCGCGAAUGGAACCUUCCCCCUAAUGCCCCCGCCUGUAUGGAACGGCAGUUGGAGGCUGCGCGGUAUCGGUCCGAUGGGGCGCUUCUGCUCGGGGCCUCCAGCCUCAGUGGCCGCUGCUGGGCCGGCUCUCUUUGGCUUUUCAAGGACCCUUGUGCUGCCCCCAACGAAGGCUUCUGCUCCGCCGGAGUCCAGACGGAGGCCGGAGUGGCUGACCACACUUGGGUGGGGGACAGAGGUAUCUUAGUGGCUUCUGAUUCAGGUGCUGUUGAAUUGUGGGAGCUGGAUGAGAACGAAACUCUUAUUGUUAGCAAGUUCUGCAAGUAUGAGCAUGAUGACAUCGUGUCUACAGUCAGUGUCCUGAGCUCUGGCACGCAAGCUGUCAGUGGUAGCAAAGACUUCUGCAUCAAGGUUUGGGAUCUUGCUCAGCAAACGGUACUGAAUUCAUACCGAGCUCAUGCUGGGCAGGUUACCUGCGUUGCUGCCUCUCCUCACAAGGAUUCCGUGUUUCUUUCAUGCAGUGAGGACAACAGAAUUUUACUGUGGGAUACCCGCUGUCCCAAGCCAGCAUCACAGAUGGGCUGCAAUGCCUCUGGCUACCUUCCUACCUCACUGGCGUGGCAUCCUCAACAAAGUGAAGUCUUUGUCUUUGGUGAUGAGAAUGGGACUGUCUCCAUUGUGGAUACGAAGAGUGCAAGCUGUGCCCUCAGCUCAGCUGUGCACUCCCAGUGUGUCACUGGGCUGGUGUUCUCCCCACACAGUGUUCCCUUCCUGGCCUCUCUCAGUGAAGACUGCUCCCUUGCCGUGCUGGACUCCAGCCUUUCUGAAGUGUUCAGAAGCCGAGCCCACAGAGACUUUGUGAGAGAUGCUACCUGGUCCCCGCUCAAUCAUUCCCUCCUUACCACAGUGGGCUGGGACCACCAGGUCAUCCACCAUCUUGUGCCCACAGAACCUCUCCCAGCUCCUGGACCAGAGAGUGUUGCUGAGUAGAUCUGAUUUAAGAUGAUGAGAAAACUCCCUAACCCAUUCCUUUGUCUCCUCAGUUUGUGAGACAACACAGGAGCCUUUGAGAGUAUGUUGAUAUAUUAUUAAUAGAUCUGGGCAUUAGUAGAUGUUGUCUCUCAGCCUGAUGGAGGCUGGAUUUUGAGAUCCUAUAGUCAUGGGGAAAGAAAACUUUCUUGAAAAUGAAUGUGUAUGUGUGCCUGAGUGUGUGUGUAGAUUUAUAGUUUUUGAUGGUGGGAGGAAUGAGAAUCCAUCCCAUAUCUUCCCCAAGCACUGUCCCUCCCCCCCCCCCAAAAAAAA